GGUUCCAUUAUGAGUCAAACAAUGAGUCUGUUAAGCGUGAGUUGGAGAAGGCCUUGGAGACAGUUGCUGUGUCCUUCAGCAGCACUGUGUCUGAGUUCCUCAUGGGUGAGAUGGACAUCAGUACCCUCCUUUCUAUGCCUCCCGGUGACCAGAACCAGUCCGUGGAAAACCUUUAUGGGGGCCUCUCAGGGCAGUGUACGGAUAGCAUGUCUCCGGGCACAGAACCUUUUGGCUGCCUGUUGGCGGACGAUGUGGACGUGGUGCUGCAGCGCUGUGAGGGGGGCGUGGACGUGGCCUUGCAGUACGCCAAGAACAUCGCCAAGUAUAUGAAAGAUCUCAUCAAUUACCUGGAGAAGCGGACGACACUCGAGAUGGAGUUUGCCAAAGGUCUGCAGAAGAUCGUCAACAGCUGCAAACAGACGAUAACCCAGGAGCCCCACAUGCCUUUCCUGUCCAUCUAUUCCCUGGCCCUAGAACAGGACAUGGAGUUUAGCCAUGGGAUGCUGCAGGUGGUGGCUACCCUGCAGAACCAGACUUCAAUGCAGCCCCUGACUCUGCGGCGUCUAGAGCACGAGAAGAAAAGGAAGGAGAUCAAGGACCAGUGGCACCGGGUGCAGAGGAAGCUGCAAGAAGCAGAGACCAACCUUCGAAAGGCAAAGCAGAGCUACAUGCAGCGCUGUGAAGACUACGAGAAGGCCCAGUACCUGACCGUAAAGGCCGAGGAGGAGCAGGCUUGGGGCGGUGGGGCCAGUGCAGGGGCUGGGACCAGUAGUGCUGCCACCAAGGCCCUGGACAAAAAGAGGCGGCUGGAGGAAGAGGCCAAGAACAAGGCAGAAGAGGCCAUGGCCACGUACCGCACCUGCAUUGCUGAUGCCAAGACGCAGAAGCAGGAGCUGGAGGACGUGAAGGUGAACGCUUUGCGCCAGAUCCAGGAGGUCAUAAAGCAGAGUGACCAGAUUAUCAAGUCGGCCACCAUCUCCUACUACCAAACCAUGCACAUGCAGACGGCCCCGUUACCGGUCAACUUCCAGACCACGUGUGAGAGCAGCAAGCUGUAUGACCCGGGGCAGCA